AUGUAUUCACUUAUAUUCAUUAUCAUAUCAUCAGUCUCGCUUACAUUAGCUAACUAUAGAGAUUUUGCUGAUUUUACGCCUCAAACUUAUCCAGAUUCUAUGAAAGAUCCAUUUUCUUGCAAUAUUCUGGAGCCAGGGUUUCUAUGUGAUCCAUCUGAGAUAAUUCCCGCUGAUCAAAAAUUGAACUUAAUGCAUAAGCUUGUUCAAGCUCAGAACAAGACACAUUGUGCAUGUAGAGAAAUGGGAAUCGGACGAGGCUGUGAUUCAGCGAAACUUGGAUAUAUAUUUUCGAUCGCCGUCGUAAAUAAGAUGAAGUUGAAUCCAGAUGAGCAUUCGAAUGAUCAAGUAUACCGAGCUGCAAGUGUAUUUGCCAAUACGUUAAGAGAGCAAUGGAAUAGGGGACAUUGUGGAGAUGAUAUUGUCAUUUUUUAUUCCAAAUCUGAUAAUGUGCUUUACGAUGCUCAAGGUCCAGCAGUACAAGUCGAUCAGGAGAAAAUCAAGAAAAUAUUGAAAGAUGGAGAAUAUUUAAUUAAGAAGCAGAAAUAUGAAGAAGCUUUCACUACCAUCAUUGAUAACUACAUCAAUGUGCUAAAUGGACAGAAAUUGAAUCUGAAACACAAAUGGUACUCUCCACUACCAUUGUGGGUUGUGAUUGUUAUAGGCGUCAUUGUGGGACUUAUCCUUAUCGCAGCUAUUACUCUCGCUAUUUUCCUUAUAGUUAAUAAGUGUUGUAGACGUGAUGCCAGAGGAAAUUAUACUCCUGCAUCAAGGUUAUAA